CCGUAAUUUUCACACUAUUUCUCUUAGCUAUUUAUACACUAAAAACUAUGAGAGUUCAUACAAAGCUUUAAACAUCAAAAUGAGUUUGCAGAUUCUAAUCGGGCUGAUCAUUCUUCUAGCUUCGCUCCAUUCAUCUUCCUCACAAACCUCCACUUUAAACAACGGUGCAUCUCUUUCUGCACCACAAGAUUUCCUCACUUCCACUCCAAACGGAAACUUCACCGCCGGCUUUUACCAAGUAGGCGAAAACGCUUAUUCCUUCGCCAUUUGGUUCAGUGAACCAUUGAUAGACGGCAAUCAAACCGUGGUAUGGAUGGCCAACAGGGACCGUCCAGUAAACGGCGUUAAAUCCAAGCUCUCACUCCUCAAAUCCGGCAACCUCGUAUUAAAUGACGCCGGUCAAACAGACGUGUGGUCCACCCAGACAACCUCGUACUCCCCUGUCCACCUUAAACUCCUCGACAACGGCAAUCUUGUUCUCCAAGACCCGACAAUUCCAAUCCCAUUGUGGCAGAGUUUCGAUUCACCGACAGACAUUCUUCUUCCUCAACAACGCAUAACCGGAACUUCAAACCUCGUCUCGGGGAGAAGCUUAACCAAUCAUUCCUCCGGCUUCUACAAACUUUUCUUCGACGCCGACAACGUUCUCCGCCUCCUCUACGACGGGUUCGGGCUUACCAGCGUUUUCUGGCCAAGCCCCUGGCUUGUAUCGUGGGAAGCCGGAAGAACAACCUAUAACAGCUCCAACACCGCCUUUCUUAACCCCUUUGGCCAUUUCUACUCCUCAGAUGACUUCAAAUUCAAUACCGCCGACCACCGCGAGUCCAUUCCGAGAAUACUGAAACUUGACAGCGAUGGUAACCUUCGAGUCUAUAGCCUUAAAAACAAGAUUUGGAAGGUUACAUGGCAGGCAAUUUCACAAACAUGUACGAUUCACGGUAUAUGUGGACUCAACAGUUUAUGCAAUUACAUAAACCACUCAGGUAGGAGGAAGUGUUCUUGUCUGCCGGGACAUAGGGCAAAGAAUAAAACGGAUUGGGCAUAUGGGUGUGAACCGGAGUUCAAUUUAAGCUGUGAUGGCAAUUCCAAUUCGACUAAUUUCGGAUUUGUGGAGCUAAAUCAUGUGGAAUUCUACGGGUACGAUUUUAAGUACAUCCCCAACAUAACCCUAGAAGAUUGCCGGCAAAAAUGCCUGGAGAAAUGUCGUUGCAGAGGUUUUGAGUACAAUUUAGAUGAUAAAGACAUAAACAAAUGUUUUCUCAAGGCUUUACUUUUCAACGGGUACCGCUCCCCGGACUUCAAGAAUCCAACGUACCUCAAAGUCCCGCAAAAAGCCCAGCAAAAAGCUGCGUUCUUGAACGAUGUUAGCAGUGAUCUCCAGUGCGAGGGAAUGAGUGAAGAUGUGGUGGUUCUGGGCAGAAAUUACAGAGAAAAAGGGCAGAAAACGUGGGUGAAAUCAUUCCUUUGGUUCACUCUCGCUGUUGGAGUGUUUGAGAUUCUGUGUCUCAUCACAUACUGGGUUAAAACCCGGAAAAGCCCCGAAGAAGCCAUGAUUGGUUACCGGAAGAUCGCAGACAGGUUUCAGAAGUUCAGUUAUGCAGAGAUGAAGAAGGCCACAGGGAGUUUCAGUGAGGAGAUUGGGCGGGGGAGCAGUGGGGUUGUGUACAAAGGAAAACUCCCAGACAACAGAAUCACCGCCAUUAAACGUCUCCACGAAGCUAAUUAUCAAGGAGAAGAAGAGUUUCUAGCGGAAAUGAGCACAAUUGGGAAGCUUAACCACAUGAAUUUGAUUGAGAUUUGGGGAUAUUGUGCAGAAGGAAAACACAGGGUUCUGGUUUAUGAGUACAUGGAGAAUGGUUCUUUAGCCAAGAACCUGGAUGGGAACAAGCUGGACUGGGAAACCAGGUAUGAAAUUGCAGUGGGAACAGCAAAGGGUUUGGCAUAUUUGCAUGAGGAGUGUUUGGAGUGGGUUUUGCAUUGUGAUGUGAAGCCACAGAACAUUCUUUUGGACUCUGAUUUCAACCCCAAAGUCAUAGACUUUGGGUUGUCCAAGUUAUUGAGAAGAGAUGCUAAUGGGGGGUCACAGUUUUCGAGGAUCAGAGGGACCAGAGGGUACAUGGCUCCUGAAUGGAUUUAUAACCUGCCCAUAACGUGCAAAGUCGACGUUUACAGUUAUGGCAUCGUGUUGCUGGAGAUGAUUACGGGGAAGAGCCCGUUCAGGUUUUGUGGCGAUGAAGAGAACAACAUGGUGGAGCAGAGAAGGCUGGUGAGUUGGGUGAGGGAGAAGAGGAAUGGUGGUUUUGAAAAUGGAGAAUGGGUUGAGGAAAUAGUGGAUGUUGGUUUGGAUGGAAAGUAUGAUUUGAAGAGAAUGGAAGUUCUUGUGGAUGUGGCUUUGAAGUGUUCAGAGGAAGAUAGAGAUGCUAGACCUACCAUGAGCCAGGUGGUCCAUAUGCUCCUUUCAGAAAAUGAAGAUUAAGAAUGUCCCGAGCAACCAGUCAAGUUGGUCAAACAGUUAAUUUAGUAACUACCAACUAAUGUGGACUACUAUUGAUUGAAUAUUUGAAUGUACCAUGGUUUCUUGUUCUUCUAGUAUGGUGUCAAUUAUAUGAUUGUUUUUAA